AUGAUGCCCGAUCAGUGCAUGGACUUCCAGAUGGGAAGCAAGCUGUACGAGUGCCUCGCACAUUGGCAAGAUUCAUAUUAUAUGUUAGCAGCUUUGGAUGCGCCGGAAGGGCAUAUUUUCGAAGAGGUCCGCAAAGUCGCGCUCAGACUGGAACGAACGCGCAGGCCUUCGCAGCCUGAACGCAGGAAACCGUGGACUGAUCGUAAAGCAAAAGUAGAUGUCGCGCCCACAGAGGAGCGCGGUGAAACCUCAGUUCAGAGCAAGAAUACCAAGACGUGCUCCCAAUGUGGAGAGCUGGGCCAUUUCCAAAGGAACUGCCCGCAAAAACGUGAACAGGCGGGCAAUGCCCGCAGGAAAGAUAUGGUGCGGCAGAGGAAGUUGCCAGCAAGUAGCACUAAUGAGACACGAGCGGAACGCCCAUCGUUUUCAACGCACCUCAAGACAUGGUGCUACAACAUUCGAAGAAGCCCGAUGGCUGUCACAAAGGCAUACGGAGAACCGUGCAAGUGUGAUGUUGAAGUGCUCGGCCUAAAGGUAAACGCCCUGGUCGACACGGGUUCAGUCAUAUCAAUAAUAUCAGUAGGGCUCCUCAAACUCGCACUAGACCAAGGAGUCGACGUGGAUAAAGUAGUAACUAUGUUGGGCGAAGCGGAUAAGGACAAGGUCCUCGACGCAUCGGGGAACCCGAUGAAGUUUCUUAUGAGGAUAGCAGUGGACGUGAAGGUAAAAGGAGCAAACAGCGCUCGCGUGCAGCUACAUGUCCAGCACACGCACGACACCUUCAUACUUCUCGGAACAAACGCCAUGAAGGCGCUAGGCAUUGAGGUGAUAUUGAAGCCUGAGUCGAGCACUAAGCAGGAGAUAGGGCGCGUAAUAAACGAAUUGGAAUGGCACGAGCUCAUUAGAGAGUCGUUAUUCGCCAAAGACCUCAUCCUUCGUGGAAAGAUGGAGAUGGCCGCGGAGAAGCCCACGCGCCUGAACAGAUUUUCUGGUCAAAUGACCACAGAAUAG